UUUCGCUCACUAAAACACAUUAUUGCUGUAUGCUUUAAAAAAAUUAAAAUCUAUAGAAGCAUCAAAGUUUUAAAUUCCAAAUAUCUUUAAAACCACAAGAGUAAUUCACAUGCAAUUUAUAUCACUGUGAUUACAAAAUGAAACUACGUAAUAUAUCAAAUUGAUAUAAAGAGGGUAAAGGUUCAAAAUGCAUUGUCCGGAAACUAAGUGGAAAUUGGCGUUUUUCUUCCUGCUGGCAUGUUUUGUUAUUCUAAUACAAAUGACAUCCAGGCCUUUGUUUAAAGAUCUUUCCUUUAUAAGAGUUGAACCUAGGCCAAAACAGAUUGACAAUAAAAGAUCUUCUGUAAACCAGGCUUCUUUCGCAGUAUUCCAAAGAAAGUUCCCAAACGAUGAAGACAUAAACGACCUGUUAAAAGCCGGGACUAGGGAAAAAGUUACAUCUCUGGCGAAAUAUCUUCGGAAAGCACAGAACCAUGUAAGAGGAUUUAAGACUUCACACUACUUACAGAAAUCUAUUUCAAUCAUGAACGCUAUAUUAAAAGAGAUGGAUAUUGAUGUGGGCAAGCUUUAUGAAAGGUCAAACGUCAACUCAACAAGUGUUUGUUCAGAAACGUUCAUGGGAAGCGGGUUUGGUUAUCCCUGGUAUCGUGAAGGAUUCAAGAAAAAUGACUGUGAUUACAGCGUUCCAAUGUCUAACCUUGUUACUGUGGUUAAAUAUAUAAAGGUUAAUUCGAGCGAUAUAGAGUCUUCGAUUGUCAAAUUAAAAACUAUAAUUUCUACUUAUAAUGAGGUUAUUGCUAACGGUAAUAUUUUGAUAGCUGUAGAUUCCACAAUUUUGAAAACUGAUUUUGCCCCAAAAUACAAACACUUGAAACUAUUACAAUCUAAAUACAAGUCCGAAGGAUCUGCUUUAAACAAGUUGAUUGAAGAGGUGAAAACACCUUAUGUCUUGGUUGCGAGGGACGUGAAUAAUUUUACAAGUGACAUCAGACUACAAAGACUAGUUGGGGAAAUAGAAAGUUUGACCGUGGUCGCUGCAGGCGGGGCAUUCCGUGAACCGAACGGACAUUGGAGGAAAGGUUGUUUCCAAUCAAUCUAUCAAAAUUAUACAUUAAAGUACAUGGAGGGUUAUGACGAAUCAUUUCACGAGUGCUUAUUCUGUGAUUAUAUCCAGGGACCAUUUGUCACAACCACUGAAUAUUUGAGCAAGAAUUUAUUUCAUGAUUUGGACGAAAAUAACGGAUUAUACGAAGAUUGGUUUCUGCGAGUUUCACUAAAUGGACAAGAAACCAUAACAUGUCCAGAUUCUAUGUUUCAUGUAGAUAUGCAAAAUAAGUCUUCGGUUUCGAAUUUGGUAAAAUUUGCCCAGAAAUGGGACGUGUUUGAAAUUUAUACACCCACGGGUAUCACAUAUAGAAGAAGCUGCGGCAUUUCGAAACCAUCCAGCAGGCCCUCUCGAGCAUUAUCUCCAUGUACGCUAAAGGUCAACAAUGAAGCUGCUAAAGUAUUUAUGAGAGUUUGUGAGUCCACUCGAAGUAUUUGUGAAUUACAAGCCAGCUCUACUCUUGGUGCCGUCAAGCUUGGAAAAGCUUUGCCAUGGGAGUACGACUGGGACGUAAGAGUUUUAGCCACAAAUAUAACACAAUGCAAAGUUAUUAUACCAGCCUUACAAAAGGCAGGGUUUCGUUUUAAAAGUUUUGAGAAAGAAUGUGGUAAAUCUGAUCUGGAUAGGGGUGUGUUUCAUCGAUCUAUAUCAUAUAGAGGCUACAAUGGUGAUUUACACGGUAUUCUUUUAAUGAGCAGUGCUGAGCUUAUAAAAUCUGGUUUAGCCCCUACCAAAGUACUGCUGGAUGGACAAUGGGUGAAUGUUCCGGGAAAUCCCGGAAUGUCUCUUAGACAUCAAUAUGGCCAAGAAUUGUAUCAACACGCUGAACACUGGAGAUACACGAAAAAUAACAUAUAUGAAACAAAUAAAUUUUUGCCAUGUACCAGAAAAGGUUCUCAAGACUGUUUAGAUAAUUUCAAUGCCGACGGCGACUUGCAAUUCGCCGGAAUGCUUCCUUGAUACCUGUUAAAUGACCGAUUUGCAAGCAUGAUUAGUAAUGUUUGGUAUAUAAAGUUUUUCCCAGAAUUUAUAUUGUUUUGUUAAAGCAGCAAGCCUCAACAUUCAUGCGAAUUUUCAUUUUGAAUUAUUUUUAUAAAAGUAAAAUUUUGUGAAGGGAACAAAACAAGUUACUUAUAUAUUGCAAACGGCACAUACAAUACACGUAAUUUACUAAAGGGAGAUAGAAAUUUGUUAAAAAA